UAGGUUGGAUGGUGUACAUAACUCAACAAUAGGCCUAUCCACAUAUUUUAUGGCAUUGAAAUUAAAUGAUAGUUUACCAAUUCUGUUUGUACAUCAAAGUUUUCAAUUUUCAUCACCUUGUUCCGGAUUAGUAAAUAUGAUGAAUUUCAAUACUGUAAUUGAAGACACAACCAACUCAUGGGAUAACACAAGGAUGGAAUAUAGAGUACCAAUGACUGGUACCUAUUACGUUGACCUUAAUAUUGUUGUUAGAUCUGGUAACACUGUUGAAGUCAAUGUAGUAGUUAAUGGUGAUAGAAAGUUUAGACUAUUGAAAUUUGGUAGAGAGCAUACAAGAUCGGAGAUUAUUUCGAAAGGCGGAUUGGUUCAAAUGUCUAAGAAUGAUAUCUUAACUAUAAGAUAUAGAGGUUGCGUAAUAGCUGAUGAUAUGGUUUCAUCAAUGUCAAUCUUAUUAGUACCAUAG